AGAAACAACAUUUUCCAAUAUCUCUCUCAAUUCUCUCGAAUCCAUUUCUGCAAAAAUGCCGAACCCUAAGGUUUUCUUCGACAUGGCCGUCGGCGAUGCCCCUGCUGGUCGGAUCGUGAUGGAGCUCUUCGCCGACACGACUCCUGACACUGCGGAGAACUUCCGUGCCCUCUGCACCGGCGAGAAAGGCGUCGGGAGGAGCGGCAAGCCUCUGCACUACAAGGGAUCGACGUUUCACCGCGUGAUCCCUGGAUUCAUGUGCCAGGGAGGCGAUUUCACUGCCGGGAACGGCACUGGCGGCGAGUCGAUCUACGGCGCCAAGUUCAAGGACGAGAACUUCAUCAAGAAGCACACUGGACCUGGGAUCCUGUCGAUGGCGAACGCCGGUCCCAACACCAACGGAUCUCAGUUCUUCAUCUGCACGGAGAAGACAUCGUGGCUCGACGGGAAACACGUUGUGUUCGGACAAGUCGUUGAAGGUUUGGAUGUCGUGAGGGCCAUCGAGAAGGUGGGAUCUCAGUCCGGGAAGACCUCGAAGCGCGUCGUCAUAGCCGACUGCGGUCAGGUUUCUUAGAUCUGGAAAGACCACCUUGAUCGUAUAACAAUGGUAGCUCUGGCGUCUUUGUUUCAAGUUUGUUUCUUUGUCGUCUUCUUUUCGUCUUUGGAAAUGGAAUCCUACUGUGUAUGUGGGAUUCGAGUAUCUGGUUCUGUGAUGGGUUCGUGUUUGGAGAAUCCCUUUGUGGAGUUUGGAAUUCGCUACCAUCAAUAAUAUAAUAACGUUUAGGUAAUA